AUGAAGGUGGAGGUGGUGGAGGAGACGCUGGUGCCGCCGAGCAAGCCGAGCAAGCCGCACGCGCUGUGGCUCUCCAACCUCGACCUCGCCGUGCCCAAGACGCACACGCCCCUCGUCUACUACUACCCCGCGCCCCAGCCCUCCGUCGGCGGCGACGGAGAUGGAGAUAAUGGGGAGGAGCCGUUCUUCGCGCCGGAGAGGCUGUGGGCGGCGCUGGCCAAGGCGCUGGUGCCGUUCUACCCGCUGGCGCGGCGGCGGUGUAGCGGGCGGCUAGAGAUCGACUGUACUGGCGAGGUGGAUCUGGACAAACUAGGUGCGCUAUCAAUAUUUUCAAUUAGUUAG